UUGAUUGGUUGGCUUGGGGAGAUUUCUACUUCCAAAUGGACAAUUUUUAUGUCAGUCCUUCCUAUUCCCUACAACAGUUGGAAAAGGGAAACUGCACAUGCUCAGUAAUUCCGUGAGGAGAAAAAAAAUGCCUAUCACCUAAGUGAGCGCUGUGACUCUGCCUUCGGUGUUUUUAAUUUUUAAAAAAUCAGAUCGGUACUUAGGCCUGUUUCGUUUAAACGACGAAUGCAAGAACAUCCUAUCGUCUGCCUGGAGACAAUUCUCGUAUUUUGAGAAAAUGCCGAGUAACAAGCUGGACAGAUCUGAGAAAUCGGAGGUCAGUGAUAAUGUCAAGGUGGUGGUGCGAUGUCGACCAAUCAACCAGAAAGAGAGAAUGAUGGGUCACAAGCAGGCUGUCACCGUGGAUGAGAUCCGUGGGACCAUAACUGUCAAUAAAAUCGAUUCUCCCAACGAACCUCCCAAAACCUUCACUUUUGACACCGUGUUUGGACCUGAAAGCAAGCAGCUUGACGUGUAUAACUUAACCGCUCGGCCCAUAGUCGAUUCAGUGUUAGAAGGAUACAAUGGUACAAUAUUUGCCUAUGGGCAGACUGGAACUGGAAAGACCUUCACGAUGGAAGGUGUGAGAGCAGUGCCUGAGCUCAGAGGAAUCAUACCAAAUUCUUUCGCCCAUGUUUUUGGCCACAUUGCCAAAGCAGAAGGUGACACUAGGUUCCUGGUUAGAGUAUCCUAUCUGGAAAUUUACAAUGAAGAAGUGAAAGACCUGCUAGGAAAAGAUCAGAAUCAGAGACUGGAGGUCAAGGAGAGGCCAGAUGUUGGGGUGUACAUUAAGGAUUUGUCUGGAUAUGUAGUAAACAACGCGGAUGAUAUGGACAGGAUUAUGACACUAGGACAUAAGAACCGUUCUGUUGGAGCCACCAAUAUGAACGAGCACAGCUCUCGUUCCCAUGCCAUUUUUACAAUCACAAUUGAGUGCAGUGAGAAGGGAAUUGAUGGAAACCAACAUGUGAGGAUGGGAAAGCUACACCUUGUGGAUCUCGCUGGGUCAGAGAGACAAGGAAAAACUGGAGCUACAGGGCAGCGCCUAAAAGAGGCCACAAAAAUCAACCUGUCCCUUUCCACUCUGGGCAAUGUUAUCUCUGCAUUAGUGGAUGGCAAGAGUACCCAUGUGCCCUACAGGAACUCGAAACUCACCCGUCUGCUUCAAGACUCUCUGGGUGGAAACUCAAAGACCAUGAUGUGUGCAAACAUUGGACCAGCUGACUAUAAUUAUGAUGAGACCAUCAGCACUCUUCGAUAUGCUAACCGUGCCAAGAACAUCAAGAAUAAAGCCAGAAUCAAUGAGGAUCCUAAGGAUGCCUUGUUGCGCCAGUUCCAAAAAGAGAUUGAAGACCUCAAGAAAAAACUGGAAGAAGGGGAAGAGAUUUCCGGUUCUGAAGGCAGCGGGUCAGACGAAAUGGAAGAUGAAGACGGAGAAGUAGGGGAGGGGGGAGAGAAAAGAAGGAAGCGGAGAGGCAGUAGCAGCAGCAGUAGCUCAGACUCCGCCUGUUCUGUUAUACAGAACUCUCUGCAGAAAUCCCAUACUAACCAAACAGGAAAAAAGAAGGUCUCUCCUGAUAAGAUGGUAGAGAUGCAAGCCAAGAUUGAGGAGGAAAAAAAGGCUCUUGAAGCCAAACUGGACAUGGAGGAGGAAGAGAGGAACAAGGCCAGAGCCGAGCUGGAGAAAAGAGAAAAAGACCUAUUGAAAGCCCAGCAAGAGCAUCACCUCCUAUUGGAGAAGCUUUCUGCUCUGGAGAAGAAGGUGAUAGUUGGGGGAGUAGAUCUUCUGGCUAAAGCAGAAGAACAGGAAAAGCUGCUGGAAGAGUCCAACAAUGAACUGGAAGAGAGACGGAAAAGAGCUGAGCAGCUGCGCAGAGAGCUGGAGGAAAAAGAGCAAGAACGCCUUGAUAUUGAAGAGAAGUACACAAGCUUACAAGAAGAAGCUCAAGGAAAGACGAAGAAAUUGAAGAAAGUUUGGACAAUGUUGAUGGCUGCCAAGUCAGAAAUGGCUGACCUACAGCAGGAGCACCAAAGGGAAAUAGAGGGACUGUUGGAAAAUAUCAGACAACUUAGCCGUGAACUUCGUCUGCAGAUGCUGAUUAUUGACAACUUCAUUCCCCAAGAUUAUCAGGAGAUGAUUGAAAACUAUGUGCACUGGAAUGAGGAUAUUGGGGAAUGGCAAUUGAAAUGUGUUGCCUACACCGGGAAUAAUAUGAGAAAACAAACGCCUUUACCAGACAAAAAAGAAAAAGAUCCAUUCGAGGUUGACCUGUCCCAUGUGUAUUUGGCUUACACCGAAGAAAGCCUGAGACAGUCUUUGAUGAAACUGGAGAGACCCAGAACUUCAAAAAGUGGAAGGUCACGCCCUAAGACUGGCAGGAGGAAAAGAUCUUCAAAACCUGAAGCUGCAAUUGAUUCUCUUCUGCAAUAAAGGCAGCAGAAAUGGGGUGAUGAAAUCCACAACACUACAAUGCAGAAUGUUUCAAAAGGAAGAGUGAAUGGUUUUAAGUACCUUGACAGUAUUCUAUAGAAAUGAAAGGUGUGUUACAUUGUUGGACAAUAAAAAAAAAAAUCUUACCCAUUAAGGUGACCAGUGAAUAUUUCUAAAAUAA